AUGGUUGUUCUCAGCACUCUGAUGGUGGUGCAGUGGUGUAUGGCGGAGGAGCUGGACUCCAGUGAUGGUCAAGUGGAGGUGACACACGACGAGGUGGAGUUGCGAUCCGUGGAGAUGCAAUGCAUGCACGGUUGCGUCGAUUUCGUAUGGGAGCAGCGUGUAUUCUGGACGGUAUAUGAUAUCAUACUGCCUUCUGAUCUCGAGGUUCCUGAGCAGUUGGAGAACAACAAAGGGAACAUUUGCGUGGCAUGUACAAGCCCGCCAAUUGUACUAAGGGCGUACCACGCGCAAUUUCAAAAAGAUUUUUCAAUGUUUUUAAGGUGUCGCGCAGAGGAAUUGGUGGUUGGAGGGCGAAUGGUCUUAACGUUUCUGGGCAGAAGAAGUGAAGAUCCCUCCAGCAAAGAGUGUUGUUAUAUUUGGGAACUUUUGGCUUUGGCACUCAAUGACUUGGUCUCCAAAGGACUCAUUGAAGAAGAAGCAAUGAAUUCCUUCAAUAUUCCUCUAUACUCACCAUCCCCAUCAGAAGUGAAAUCUGAAGUUUUAAAAGAAGGAUCUUUCACCAUUGAUCAUCUUGAGACUUCUGAAGUGAAUUGGAUUGCAUAUGAUAGCGAACUCAUGAUGAACUUGCCCGAUGCGUUUGAUGGUGGAUACAGUGUUGCAAAGUGCAUUAGAGCUACCGUUGAGCCUUUGCUUAUCAGUCAUUUUGGAGAUGCAAUUAUUGAGGAGGUUUUCUGCAGAUACAAGGAAAUUCUUUCUGAUUGCCUUUCUAAAGAGACCAAUAACUUUAUCAGUAUCAUCAUUUCUGUAACAAAAAAAGGAUGAUCAUGAUUGAUCAAGAUAUUGAUCCAUGAAUCGAAUGUAAGACAGAUCAUAACCAGUACUUUGAAAUAAGAGUCUAUGUUCUUAGGCUCAUUUGCAAUGAGCAAUAUAUUAUUAUGGUAUACAAUAUUGGUGGAAUGAAUCAUGCAACCUCUAUGUAAUAACCCGGCCCAUGAAA